AUGGAUUUGUCUGAGCAUCUUACGCUUUCAAGAGCCAUAGCUUCAUUCCAAUUCUUUAUUGGAUGACCUUAUCGCAAGAGCACUUCCCAAGCUGGGGUUCUUUCCAUUUUGAAAAAGAAUUAUAACAGCAUUUCGUCCCAAUUUAAAGGAAAAGUAAGAUUAAAAGAUGAAUCUUAUCACCUGUGUUCAUUGAAAGAAGCCGUAAUUAGAGCAUCUCAGCCAUCUAAAUCGACUGAAUCAAAGAAAAGCUUGAGAGUAAAGAUCAAAAAGUGGAAAUUAUAA